AUGUCCACUAACGAAGUCGACCUCGAUGCCAUUCUGGCCUUUGCUAUCAACCUUGCGCAAGAUGCGGGCAAGAUGAUCCGUGAUGGACAAGCGAAGCGAUUCGCCUCGGAAGCUGCCUCAGAGGAUGCCAAGCUGAACAGCGUGGACCUGGUCACAGAGGUGGACAAGGCAGUCCAGGAGUUCAUCGAGAAGGCUAUCAGCGAGGCCUACCCGGAGCACAAGUUUAUUGGAGAGGAGACAUAUGCUGGAGAGAAGAUCACUGAUGCCCCGACAUGGAUCAUCGAUCCUAUCGAUGGUACUACAAAUUUUAUUCAUGGCUUCCCGAUGGUCUGCACCUCUAUCGGCCUGGCGCACAAGGGUGUCCCAGUCGUAGGCGUCAUCUACAACCCCUUCAUGGAUCAAUUGUACUCUGCUGCGAAAGGGCGCGGAGCGUACCUGAACCAAACUCAAAAGCUUCCUCUGACUGGCAAGGCGAAGCCGCUUCUCUCGCUCGGGCAUGCGCUCAUCGGCGUCGAGUACGGCUCCAACCGCCUCUCGCCUGGCCUCCCAUCAAAAGUCCGCACGUUCCAGACCCUCGCCGCAGAUGUCAAGGAAGGAGGCAAAAUGGCACACUCGCUUCGCAGCCUGGGAUCUGCAGCGAUCAAUAUCGCCGUGGUCGCUUCGGGCGGACUGGACAUGUACUGGGAGAUCGGCUGCUGGCCUUGGGACGUGACUGCGGGUAUCUGUAUCCUGCACGAGGCCGGCGGAGCGGUCUUUGGCUCCAAGACGAGCUCGCUCAGUGGGGAUGUUGACGCUGAUCUCAUCGCUGGCCGAAAGUACCUCUUGAUGCGUGGUAUGGCGCCUGCCGAGGGCGAGACGGCCUUGCAGACUCAGCAGCGGUUCGCAAAGGAGUUCUACGACACGACUGAGGAUCUGAACCCAUAG